CCUUGGUGCGCAGCCAUCAGAGCGGCAUCAGGAAGCGGACAAACUAUCACAUAACGGAUUAGCAGGGCGGCACAUCAACUACAAAAUGAGGGAAAUCGUACACAUGCAAGCUGGCCAAUGUGGCAACCAGAUUGGAGCUAAGUUCUGGGAGGUUAUUUCUGAUGAACACGGAGUUGACCCCACCGGUACAUACCACGGAGAUUCCGACCUUCAAUUGGAGAGGAUCAACGUGUACUACAAUGAAGCCACAGGAGGCAAAUAUGUUCCCCGUGCUGUCUUGGUUGAUCUGGAGCCUGGAACUAUGGACUCUGUCAGAUCUGGUCCUUUUGGACAAAUAUUUAGACCAGAUAACUUUGUGUUCGGACAGAGUGGUGCUGGAAACAACUGGGCUAAGGGACAUUACACAGAAGGUGCUGAGCUCGUAGACUCUGUUCUCGAUGUGGUACGAAAAGAAUCAGAAAGUUGUGACUGUCUUCAGGGAUUCCAACUUACACAUUCUCUUGGUGGUGGUACCGGCUCCGGCAUGGGAACACUCCUCAUCUCCAAAAUCCGUGAAGAAUACCCCGACAGGAUCAUGAACACAUUCUCAGUUGUACCAUCACCCAAGGUAUCAGACACCGUGGUCGAGCCAUACAACGCCACCCUCUCCGUCCACCAGCUUGUUGAGAACACAGAUGAAACCUUCUGUAUUGACAACGAGGCUCUGUACGAUAUCUGCUUCCGUACACUCAAACUGACCACACCCACAUACGGUGACUUGAACCAUCUUGUCUCCGCCACCAUGUCCGGAGUCACCACCUGUCUCCGAUUCCCCGGUCAACUGAACGCCGAUCUCCGUAAAUUGGCUGUCAACAUGGUCCCCUUCCCCCGUCUUCAUUUCUUCAUGCCUGGGUUCGCUCCUCUUACAUCUCGUGGUAGCCAGCAGUACAGGGCUCUUACCGUCCCAGAGCUGACCCANAUGUCCAUGAAGGAGGUCGAUGAGCAGCUCCUGAACGUCCAGAACAAGAACAGCAGCUACUUCGUUGAAUGGAUCCCCAACAACGUCAAGACCGCCGUCUGUGAUAUCCCACCACGUGGUCUCAAGAUGUCUGCUACCUUCAUUGGUAACAGCACCGCCAUCCAGGAGCUCUUCAAGCGUAUCUCCGAGCAGUUCACCGCUAUGUUCCGUCGUAAGGCUUUCUUGCAUUGGUACACUGGUGAGGGUAUGGACGAGAUGGAGUUCACAGAGGCUGAGUCCAACAUGAACGACUUGGUGUCUGAGUACCAACAGUACCAGGAUGCCACAGCCGAGGAGGAGGGUGAGUUCGAGGAAGGAGAGGAAGAGGAAGCCUAAAAAACAAUUGACAUAUUAAAAUCAAUGACAUACAUUAUACUACACAAUCAAAACAAAUUUGACGUUUGCCAAAAAACUGAAAAGUCAAACAAGCAUUUUAGCCAAAGAUAACCACCAACAAGUAUUGAAAUGAGGGUAGUGACAUGUCAAUGAUUAUCUUAAAAUAAAAUCAAGCCAAAGUUA